AUGUCCUCUUCCAACCCCAUCAGACGGAAGCUCGUCAUCGUUGGCGAUGGUGCUUGCGGCAAGACUUCGCUGCUCUGUUCCUUCGCCCUGGGCGAGUUUCCCAAGGAAUAUGUCACCAUCUUCGAGAACUACGUCGCGGAGAUCCGGUUAGACGGCAAGGCCAUCCAGCUAGCGCUAUGGGAUACCGCUGGCCAGGAAGAGUACGAACGCUUGCGGCCGAUGUCCUACUCCCAGUCCCACGUCAUUCUCAUCGCCUUCGCCAUCGACACCCCCGACUCUCUCGAGAACGUUACCGUCAAGUGGAUAGAGGAGGUUCGCUCUAUCUGCGGCCCCCACAUACCUGUCAUCUUGGUCGGCUGCAAGUCCGACCUUCGCCCGCCUCCUGGUUCCCCCAACUCAGUCGCGUAUGUCGCGCGUGAACAAGGCGAGCGUGUCGCGCAGGCGAUCGGCGCACGUGCCUACAAGGAAUGCUCUGCCCUCAAGAUCGAGGGUGUUGAUGACGUCUUCGAGGCCGCCACCCGCGCGUCGAUGCUCAUGCGAGACGGCGUCCCCGCUCACGCCGGCCAGCACCAGCGCGACCGCCUCGGUGGCAGCAUGGCUGGUCGCCGUGCGAGCACGACGGGCGACGGAUGGGAGGACAAGGGGAAGUGCUGCGUUAUUUGUUAG